AUGGUGCUCGCGAAGGUGGCGAAGGCGCUGAAGGACCUGAAGCAGACGUCGCUGGACUCCUUCUCUAACGUGCUGUACGACUACGCGGGGUUCGUGUACGAGCGGCCGUGCAAAAUCAUCGCGGCCAGCCUGCUGGGCUGCCUCCUCUUGAGCAUGGGCUUCUGCUACCGAGAGCACGAAAAGGACAUCUACAAGCUCUAUUCCAUCUCAAACUCCUAUGCCUGCGAAACGAAUGAAACGAUAAAUGACUUCUUCCACAAAAGCCGGAAGGCCUUCAUCCUGGUGGAGUCCAAUUGUAAUUUGCUGAAGCCGCACAUCUUGAGGGAGCUAAAGAAGUUUGAGGAUGGGACCAAGGAAAUUCAAGUGGAUCUGACGGAGAUAAAUGAGUGUAGGAAAGAUUCCGAGCCGCCAACCCUCCAGACGGAAGCAUCCAAGGAGGUGUAUCAAAUGCUUUUGAAGAACCAAGACGUUAAUGCUAACCUUGAUUGGAAGCCAAAUUUCAAACGGUUCAAUUUUAAUUUUGCCCUUAACAAGCUGCUCGGGCUGAAGAACAAACUGACGGAAUCGAAGAGCGACGAUAGGGGGAAGGGAAAGGGAAAAGCCAAGAAGGGGAGUAGUGGCGAUAAGAAGAAGGGCAAAAGUGGGGAUAAGAAAAAGGGCAAAGAUUCCAAGGAGGGCACGGGAAAUGGGCGCAAUGAAGACGCAGAUGAUGAGGAUGACGAUGAGGAGGAGGAUGAUGAUGAGGAGGAUGACGACGAUGAGGAGGAGGACCACAACGAUAGUGCAAAUGAGGGGGAGGAUGGCAUGAGUAGGGGCAGUACCAAUGGGGAGGAGAGUCCCAACGGGGAAGACGACGACAAUGAGGGGGACGGCGCGGAUGGGGACCCGCUCAGCGGCGAGGGGAGCCGGGGGGAGGGGAUCCAAAUGGUGGCAAAAAAGAUGAAGUGGUUGACGAGGAAGAUAAGCAGCAUGUUGAAGGGAAGCGCAAACGGAACCGCAAACACAAAUGGAACCGCAAACACAAAUGGAACCGCAAACACAAAUGGAACCGCUUCUGAGAAACAAACGCCCAAGGUGAGGCUCUCCGAUUUCAAGGAGGACCACUUCUUCCCCCCGUAUUACAUCCCCCCCAUGCUGCUGAAGGACGACCGGUGCCUGCUCCAAAAUGUGUUCAAGGACAAAAACGUGACGCUCAAUUUGAGGGAGGCGAGCGACUCCACGAAGAGGCAAAUCACCUUCACCUUGGGAGACAUCUGCGAGCAGAAGUACAACGACUGCAAUUUGAGCUCCAUCUUCCUCUACUACGAGAAUGGAAAUGCAAAAUAUGAAAGCCCCAUAAAAGUGGAUAACCUAGAUUUCUACGUCAACAGGAAGACCUUCAAAGAAAUGAUGCCCAAGGGUAUUCUUGGGAACAUGCAAUAUAAGGAGAGUCCCUUCAGCUAUACUAUCACUUCGGCCAAUGCCAUCAUGACAGUCAUCCCUCUGUUGAAUUCGUAUAUGUAUGAGCCGUAUGUCUUGGCCUACGAGAAGAAGCUCAUCGAUUACGUCCGCUUCUAUAACAUUGAUGAGGCUGUUCAAGACGAGGAAACGAAUGAUGGGAAUGAGCCAUUUGUUAAGUUCCACGUUUUUACGGAGAGGAGCUUAGAAGAUGAGGUGGAUCGAAUCUCAAAAAUUGAUAAUUUGACUAGGCUGCUCUUCAUCAUUGGGGUGUGCCUCAUCUUCAUGUAUGCCCUCUUCAACAAUGUCACUUCUGUUCUCUAUAGGAGUAAACCCCUCUGUGCUGUGAUGGGCAUUUUGUGUGGCUUCCUGGGUUACCUUGCCGGUUCAGGCUUUUUAUUCUUCCUCGGGGUGAAAUCUGUACCUCCAGCGGAGACGGUGCCUUUUCUGGUCAUCGGGGUGGGGGUAGAUGACGUUUUUGUAAUUUUAAAUUCGUACUCUCUCCUCUUCAUGAUUAAGGAUAAUAAGAAGAGGAUUCAACUCUGUCUGAAGGAUAGUGCCUUGGCCAUCACAGUCACUACGUUGACGAAUAUCAUUGCCUUUUUGAUCAGCUCCGUUUCUCCGUUCUACUCUAUUUGUAGCUUUUCCCUCUUCACCGCGAGUUCCCUCUUCUUUGGCUACCUCAUGGUGUUGACUCUGCUCCUGAGCUUCCUCUGCAUCGAGGGAAAGUUGGAGAAGAAGAAGAGGAACAUCUUCUCCGGCACGGCCCUCCUCUUCUGCUCCUUCUUCCGUAGAGGUAGAAGUGGUAACGGUGGCAGGGGGGGCACAGCCAGCGGUUCCGCAGCGGCGUUGCCGAGUGUAGCGGAUGGUCAUGGUGGUGCUGCUGCUGCUGGCGGUACUGCUGACGCUGCCGCUCAUGCCGCUCAUGCUGCUCAUGCCGCCGCCCCUGGCGAGGCGGGCCCGGCCGGGCAGAACAACCUCUCCCUCGAGGUGGCCCAAAAUGAAGACGACUGUAAGAAGACGCCGGCCGAGUAUGAAAACAUCUCCAUCUACGAGUGGAUUCAUAACCUCUACCUGUUCGAGGAGUCCUUCAAUAAGAAGAAAAAAAACGCCACCGUCUACUCGUCCAACGAGAUUAGCAGCAAAGGGUAUAACAACGAAAGUGGGUUGCAGGCCUCCCCCGCUCCGCAUGAUAGGAUUACCUUGGAAAAUAUAUGCCUAGAUAAGAAGGAAAUGAAGAAGCGGAAGGGGGCUGGAGCGGGAGUGGGAGCGGCCGCGGAAGCGGAUGAGGCGUCGGGGAAGAGCAGGAACGGUCAAAUGGCACUUAACGCCUCUUCCUCCUCCAUGGGGGUAGUACCCGCCGCUGCCACGGAGGAAGAGGAGCCGCCCUCCUCGUCGUCCCCGCCGAGGGGGGCAGACGUGCUGGAGGUGGAGUACACAGACGCGAUGGACCCGAAGGGGGAGAAGAAGAUAACCAUCGUGAAUGAUAUAUUCGCAGGGCCGAGCGGUCCACUAGAUGGAAGCGGUGCGGAUGGCGGGCGCAUGAGCUUCCCCCGAGAGAGGAAGAACCUCCUGCGCUGCGACCGAGGUGACCGCGGAGAGCACCACCACUAUAAUAACUCCACGGAGCUCGCGACGAAGGACACGCUGCUGCUGAGCAACCUGCACGAGUCAGAUAAAAAAAACAUCUACCUAUUGAGCUCCCACGAUAAUGCCCUCUUCUACAAGUACAUCUACGAAGAGCCCAAAGGAAACAUUGGGAAGUACUUCAGAUCUUUGGUGAAGAAUUACUACGUGCCUUUCCUCUCCUCCCGAAUGGGCAAGGCCAUCGUCUACGUCCUUUUCACAGCCCUCCUCAUGCUCUCCAUUUAUGGCUGCACGCUGAUGAAGAAGGGGAUCAAAUACGAUAAGGCUUUCCCAGUGGAUUCCUACGUGAGACUCUUCUCCGAAGCGAAGACCAAGUACUUCCCCCACUUCGGAGACAUGAUAGAGGUGUAUUAUUUUGAUAAAGAUUUUAUAAAAAAGUACAGACGCCUGAACAGACAGGUAGAUGUGGUGUCUUCAUCUUUUCUCUAUUCAGACAGAACCGAUAGAGAAAUGAUGAAGAACCCAAAGCUAAACAGAAACAUUCACUGGGAAAUGAAAGACCUGCAGGAGGAGCUACUCGAAAUGCAUGACCAGUUGGAAGAGCAGGACUUCGUUUCUGGGGUGGCCAAUGGAUUUACUCUCUUCCUCAACAGCAAUGGGAAGAAGCUGAAGAACGAAACACCAGAGCAAUUCUAUGACACUUUUGUGGAUUGGGUUCAGCACGACUACAUGGGGAAUCUUUUUAAAAACGAUUUCAUUUUCCUAAAUAAGAAGCUCAUCGCCUGGAGGUACUUCUACUUCCAGAGCAACGUAGAUGACUCGGAGAUUUCCUCUAAGUGGUUGAAAACGUGCAAAAAGAUUAGCAAGCUGGAGGACCACAACGUACAGAUGCAGUGCUUCCACAUCAGCUCCAUAUUUAACGAGACGGAUGAGGCCAUCAUCGAGGUCACCCUCAUCAACCUUGGCAUCACCAUCAUCACCAUCCUCAUCGUCACUGCCUACAUCAUCAAGGGCUUCAACUCCUGCCUCAUCAUCGCCCUCAUCAUCUUCCUCAUCGACCUCUGCAUCUUUGGCUUCAUGUGCCUCUGCGGCAUCACCGUCAACAUCAUUUCGAUGGUCAUCCUCGUCCUCUCCGUCGGCUUCUCCAUCGACCACACCUCCCACAUCGUCCAGGCCUUCACCCACAGCAUGGGCAGGACACGCGACGAGAAGAUGAAGGAAAGCCUGCACCUCAUGAUAGGGCCCGUCCUCCACAGUGGCCUCUCCACCUGGUUUGUCAUAAGCACCCUCUUCUUUUCCAACAAGGACUUCACCGUCAUCUUCUUUCAAACCCUGACUCUGGUCCUCUUUUUUUCCGUAACCUUCUCCUCCAUGUUUUUGCCAGUGCUGCUCUCGAGCUUUGGCCCGUUGUAA